ACGACCUUUGCAGAACCUUAAACUCGGGUGGCAAACGUUUAGGCAUGCAUUCAUUCAUUCCACCUCAAAGGUACAAUUUAACGAGGGUGAGGAAAAGUUCUUGGCCCAGAAACGGAGAUGGAAAAAAUGGACAAGUUUUUGCAGUGGUUGGAGGUGAAUGGAGUCCAGCUGUGUGGUUGCAAGCUUAGCCCUUGUAAUUCGGAAGAAGGAUUUGGUUUAUAUUCUGCAAAUAAUAAUUGUGGAGGUGUACUCCUUGUGGCUCCACUCAGAUUAGCUAUCACUCCAAUGACUAUACUUCAAGAUCCUUCUUUAGGAUCAGAGUAUGGGAAGCUAUUUGAAGAAGGAGAUGUUGAUGAUCGAUUCCUUAUAAUUCUCUUUUUACUUGUGGAGCGUGCUCGUGAAGUUUCAUUUUGGUCACCAUACCUUGAUAUGCUUCCUUCAACAUUUGGUACUCCACUAUGGUUCACAGAAGAUGAAUUCUCAGAGCUAAAGGGCACUGCACUCUAUCAUGCAGCCAAGUUGCAGCUGAAAAAUUUGAAGGCCCUUUUUGAUGAUAGGGUGAAGCAUCUUGUAGAAUCAUUUUUGUUACUCAUUGGUGUGCCAUUUCGGGAGAUACUCUUUGAGGACUUUUUAUGGGCUAAUUCUAUUUUUUGGACUCGAGCUUUGAAUAUUCCUUGUUCCCGGUCUUUUGUUUUCCCGUCUCAACUGCCAGUACAGGAUGGGCAUGAUUGUCAAUUACAUGAAAAUCAUACUCAGUCAACUGAAGAUGAUUGUUCUUCUGGAAGUUGCCAUAUUUUGAGUAGUGGAAGUUCUGCAGAAAAUUUACCAAUGUCUGAGCAAUCAACCACUGUUUGGGUUGAAGGACUGGUCCCAGGAAUUGACUUUUGUAACCAUGAUCCUAAAGCCAAAGCAUUAUGGGACGUUGAUGACGAGAAUGGAUCAAUAACUGGUGUACCCUUUUCAAUGUACCUUAUCACUGGUCCAAAUGUUACAUUUCCUCCUGAAGAAGAAAUACGAAUAAGCUAUGGCAGCAAGGGGAAUGAGGAAUUGCUUUACCUCUAUGGGUUUGUGAUUGAGAACAAUCCAGAUGAUUAUUUAAUGGUGCAUUACCCAAAAGAAGCACUUCAGCAAAUUGAUUUUACUGAAACCAAGUCACUACUUCUCCAACAACAGAAUCUACAAUUGCGUUGGCUUUUACCAGAAUCUUUAUUGAGGAAAGGAAAUUCAAAUGAAAGUUCGCUCACAUUGGAUGGUUGCAUGAAAGAUAGCAGUCAAGUACUUGGCUAUAGUUGGAGUGGUCAUCGAAAACUACCCUCGUAUAUGGAUCAUUUUGUUUUUCCUGAGGAUCUUAUGGCAGCUUUGCGUACCAUAGCUAUGAAAGAAGAAAACAUGCAUGCUAUUAUGUCUUUGCUGAAAGAGCUAUCUGAAUCUGGAUGCGAGAGGCAACCUUCGGAAGAAGAUAUCAAAGCAGCGAUAUGGGAGGUUUGUGGAAAUGCUGGUUCCUUGCAAUUGUUGGUCGAUCUUCUUACUGCCAAGAUUAUGGAGCUUGAAGAGGGUUCUGGAACUGAAGUCCAUGACACGGAGCUUCUUGAUAAGUUUCCUAAGACUAUAUUAUCUCCAGAGGAACAGCAUGCCGAGCUGAGUGAUCGCCAAUAUAAAAGGCCUGAGACGGAAUGCUCAAUGCAAAAGAACAUACGGGCAGCUAUAAUUUAUCGCAGAGGGCAGAAACACCUUGCACACUGUUUUCUUGAGGAAGCACAAAAUUCUCUUCAGUUGUGUUUGAGUGAAGAGUAACGGAAUUAGUAUCUAUGCUCAUAGGCUCACCUGCAUUCUUUAUUAUAAAGUAUAAACUCGACUAAAAUACCUAAAUUGCAGUACUGUGUUGUACAAUUAAAAUAGAGUCUCAGUUUUCCCAAGCCUUAUUAGAGACAACUUCCUAUUUUUCCAGACAUGUUCUAGAAUUGAAUUUAAAGAUUGUCAUUUUAUAAUUGGUACAGCAAACUUGCAAUAGGUUCUUGAUUCAUGAAAAUCAGUAAAAUUAAUAGAGUUAACCACCAUUCACAUUCAA